GUGCAACGAGCGAACGCCCACUCCCCGCGCGGGGUUAACCUAUUCCUGAGACCAGAUACAAAACAGUGUGAAUCAAUUAGACAGGGGAAGGGACGCGCAGCAUGCGAUUGAACAAGUAGCCUGAACAAAACUAACAUGAUGUAAGAAUUAUCACUGGAGGCUUCAUUUGAAGAAGAAACGAGAAGGGAGCGCACGACCGCAGCUCCUGAAAAAUAAAACACAACAACGUGCUGUUAACGAGAAGCGAAACGACAGGAUUAGACCCGCUUCGGAGGAUUCGGGAUGCGGGGAUGCAGCGAUAGUGCGCUAGAGCUUCCUCGGUUGGUUUCAAACUUGCCUCGUGUUUAAAACGGAGACUCUGCUGGAUACGGGCGGGCGCUAUUCUUACAUUACACUGCACGGUGUACAGAGCAGAGCCGAGGAGAGCCGAGGAGAGUCGAGGAGAGCCGAGGAGAGCCGAGGAGAGCCGAGGAGAGCCGAGGAGAGCCGGGGAGAGCCGGGGAGAGUCGAGGAGAGCCGGGGAGAGCCGGGGAGAGCCGAGGAGAGCCGGGCUGUAGCGUGCCGUGGAUGCCUGACGCUUUUCUGUGGAAACCCCGACCAUCACCCCCGUGAUAGGCUCCCUCUUCCCACAAAAGGGCGUGUCUUCCUUCCCCCUCCGCCCUCUCAGCCCCUCCCCUCCCUGAUGCUCUGGUCCUCCCCUUAGGAGUAUGCCAGUAUCCCACAAUGCCGCUGCCGCUGCCGGUCUGGCUCCUGCGUCACUCCGUGGCUCUGUGUCUGCUCCUGCUGCACAGCUCUGUUCUCAUGACUUUCUGCUUCCACCACGCCUCCACCAGCUGCUCCAAGGGCUGCUACUGCUCGGAGGCUCCGGGGGGGGCUGGGGUGGGGCGGACGGUGCGCUGCAGCCACGCCAGGCUGGCAGAGGUACCACGGGACCUGCCCAACGACACCCAGAGACUCUACCUAGACUUUAACCACAUCGCCUCGGUGCCCGCCAACGCCUUCGAGGGGCUCCCCCUGCUGGCUGAGCUGGACCUCUCCCACAACGCCAUCGCCAAGCUGGAGAGCGGGGCCUUCCGCGGCCUGGAGGAGCGGCUGCAGCGACUGGACCUCUCCACAAACCGGCUGAUGUCUCUGAACAGGGAGGCUGUGGGCAGCCUGCGCUCUCGCACCAACCUCUCCCACAACCCAUGGCACUGCGACUGUGAGCUGCAGCACGUGGUCCCCUCCCUGGAGCUGGAGCCGGCCUCGCUGGCGGGCAUGGUGUGUGAGACGGCCGUGCCGGAAGAGCACGCAGGCAUGCCCUUCCUGCUGCUGGCCCACGACGUGGACCUGUGCAACGUGGCCCACAGGACCACGGACGUGGCCAUGCUGGUCACCAUGUUCGGCUGGUUCGCCAUGGUCAUCGCCUACCUCGUCCACUACGUGCGGCAGAACCAGGACGACGCGCGGCGCCACAUGGAGUAUCUGAAGAGCCUGCCGGGGCUCCAGAGCAAAUCUGAAGAAUCCUUCAGCAUCAGCACUGUGGUGUGAGGCAGAAACACUUCACAGUGCUUUUACUGGCAUCAAGGAAUGUGGGCGGAGCUCUUCAAUGAACAGACCAAAGUGCCUGCUUGAUUGGUCUUGUUCUGGAAUGGGCGGAGCUACGCCACCAUAUAUGAUUGGCCCAUGUCUAGAAUGUAGUAGCUCAAAGCUCAGGCUCUGAUUGGUUUAGCUCUUUUCCAAGGGCACUGGCAACCCAAAUGUUACCCACUGAUGCAGAAUGACUGGGUGGGUUAUUUCGUUCAUCAGCCUGCAGUAGAGACUAUCGAGACAGCCUUCCCAUUUAGUUAUUAUUAUUAUUAUUAUUAUUAUUAUUAUUAUUAUUAUUAUUAUUAUUAUUAUUAUUAUGUAGCCUAUUGUAUGUAGAAAAAUGACCAAAAGGCUGUGUUAAACAUUCAAGUCUUAGUAUAAAAACCAGGACUGGAAUCCUGCAUUCUCUUUAGGGCAGCCUGCACUGAAUCCAUUCCACUGGCUCCGUGUUUUCCAGAUUGCUCUGAUAAUCAGACUCCUGUACAGUAUGGAAUUGUUCAU